UUAAUUAUUUUUGCGGAAAAAAAAAAGAAAAAAAAAGAAAAAAAACAUGACGUUUUUCACCAGUUACCUGGAUUUCGCUGCGCCACGCAGCAGCGCUGCCGGUGCGUGUUCUGCGCGCGGCACUGUCACAGCUCGCGCCGCGUGAAUGGGGAUCAUGUUUUGUUAAAAUCUGCUUUUAUUUUUUUAACACACACCCCCCUCCAACACCCCCCAAAGAGGAAAAUGGACCGUUUCUGAGAUGCGCUCAAUAUCUUAGACAUUUAAAUAGCCCUUCGGAGCGGAUACAGCACAUGUGACACAUCUGUCUGCGCGGAAUCAUCUCGUAAGGAAGCGAAAACAAGAAGGGGGAAAAAAAUAAAAAAAUGACUUCGCUGCUCAUCUGAAGACUGCUCUGGAUUUGCAUGACUGUUUUUUUCCCAUCUGAGAAAAAGUGGGAGAAAAGAGCAUCGUUUAGCCGGAGUCGGCGUCCCGCUUUGGCGGGCGGGGUGUGGGUGGUGGUGGGAACAGGUUUUCUCGUGGACGCGGCCCCCCCACUGAAAGCCGUCAAGCUGGCGAUGGCCGCGGCGAUCGCGAGCUCCCUGAUUCGGCAGAAGCGGCAGGCGAGGGAGCGCGAGAAGUCGAACGCCUGCCGCUGCGUGGGCAGCCCGAGCAAGGCGAAGGGAGCGUGCGAGAAGCCCAGCAGGCUGAGCGUCUUCUCCCGCGUCAAGCUCUUCGGCUCCAAGAAGCGCCGGAGGCGGCGGCCAGAGCCCCAACUGAAGGGAAUCGUGACGAAGCUGUACAGUCGGCAGGGCUUCCAUCUGCAACUCCAGGCCGAUGGAACCAUCGAUGGAACCAAAGAGGAGGACAAUGGCUUCACCAUGUUCAACCUCAUCCCCGUUGGGCUCCGGGUGGUGGCCAUCCAGGGCGUGCAGACCAAGCUGUACCUGGCCAUGAACAACGAGGGUUACCUGUACACAUCGGAGCACUUCACGCCGGAGUGCAAGUUCAAAGAGUCAGUGUUUGAGAACUACUACGUGACGUACUCCUCCAUGAUCUACCGGCAACAGCAGUCGGGCAGAGGCUGGUACCUGGGUCUGAACAAAGAGGGCGAGAUCAUGAAGGGGAACCAUGUGAAAAAGAACAAGCCAGCUGCCCAUUUCCUCCCCAAACCUCUGAAAGUGGCCAUGUACAGGGAGCCUUCGCUUCACGACCUCACCGAGUUCUCGCGCUCCGGCAGCGGCACGCCCACCAAGAGCCGCAGCGCGUCGGCCAUGCUGAACGGCGGCAAGGUGGUGAGCCAGAACGAGUCCACGUAGCUGGGCGGCUGGGGCUCGGCCCGGGCCUGCGCUCACUCCCAUGCGUACCUCUGGAUGCUCGCGACUCCAAGCAGACUCCUCUCGCCCUCUCAAACCGUGACCGGUUCUGGUUCAGGACAAAGACGAACGCAGCACAACCCGGUCAGAUUAACAUAUUUCCGUUUGCGUUUUUUCACCUUCUUCUGAUUCCCCGAGAAAAUCGCGCCGAUGACAGGUUUGCUCCGUUACGAAAGGUUAAUCAGCCACUCGCCUCCGGCGGGGAACACGCGCAAAAGCAAACCGUUUCACUGUUCUGGGGGUCUCGUUUUUCCCCUUGAAUAACCACUUUGUCUGAUCCUGAUGGGGGGGUGCAGAAAACGCCCACGAAUCAGGACAGUCGCCGGAAGUGUCUCCGCGUUAUUUCCGCUGCGGAGAAGCAACCCGUUGCUCGCGUGAUGCAUCCCUCUCAGACCACGGGUCCUGCGGCAAAGAAGGGUUCGAGGGGGCAGUGACCCCUGCUGCAUAUUCUUUGUGUGGGGAUGGUUCUCCCACACGGAAAUACAAGGCGACGUUCAGACGAUCUGAGGAGGGGGGAGGGACUCGAUGCCCGAGGGUAGGGGUUUCUGAGCUCACGGUAGCCGCGUCUCCACUCGCUCGCUCAUCUACCGAAAUUCCCGAAAGCUUUACCCUUCCUCCGUAGUUGCCAGUACGCAUUGCUGUUUUACUGAGGGCGUGGAGCCGAAGCACACCGAGCACAGGAGAAUAACCGCGUGUCCCCCGAAGCCAGAAUGCAAGUGCGGUUGGAAUCAACGGACAGGAUCAUGCCUUUAGUUACGGUCCGAAGAAGACGGAACGCAAAAGAAUGCCAAGUGAUGAUCUACAAGCCGUUCCGUAUUUUUUAAAGUGUUUUGCACUGCAGCGCGAGGUACGAGUUGACGUUUACGCGGCUCCCUCUUCGUUCCAAUCUCGUCACUCCGCCUCCGUCUCCAUCAUGUCCGUAGUCCGUAACCGAUCGCGUGCGUGGUUGUGUCGCGUCCGGCCCUUUCCUCGUGUAGAGACCCCGUCGAAUGGCUCCGCUCACCACGGAUGAGGUCCCCAACCCAACCGCUGUUCCGUGGUUACGUAGCGGUUCCAGUUUUUUUGUAUUAAAAAAUGAAUACUGUGGAAUUUUAAGUGGCUGAACGUUUUUAUAGGUUACGUUUGAUUUGUAACAGAUAAAAUUAGGAAAAAAAGAAAAAAAGGCCAGGGCAUGUAAAAAAAAAAUAAAUAAAAUACUUGCAUACAGCAAAGAUACUCUGUGUUGGCUAAGUACUCUUUCCCUCGAACAACAUGAUCUUCCUCUUCAUUCUUGCUGUGGGAGGUUCUUGUUUAUAAUCUAGAUCCAUUUGUUUUUUAUGUGAGCAUAUCUGUUGCAUGGGAGACAGCUGGGACGUCUGGGAUAGAGCUGCAUGACAUAGGCCAUGUGUAUUAACCCAUGUUGGAUCAUGUGUCCCAAAGCGUAUCAGGAUGAAACCAUACAGUGUCCAGGCAGGUGUUCAGCCUGCUACCUUACGUUUAUUAUUUGUUGUAUACACAA